GAAUUAACCAAUUUUCGUAUUUAAUGUGAACUCUCCGGAGGACGAAAUUAACCCGAUUUUGUAGACGUGGUAUACUGUAUCACGAACACUGAAACAUAAACAAAAAAAUAAAUAAACAUACACAUUUACAAGUAUCGAAGCAAACACACUAACUAGCACUUUCCCGAAUUCGCGAUAAUAAUGAUAACACCGCGUGUUGGAAAAAAAAGCUAAAAUAAGUUUGCACAGCCCGUCUCAGGGGUGUUCAGGAAUGGCGUUGCUUGAUGACGACAUGCACUAAAACUCUGGGAAAUGUAGUUUUCUGUGUCGCACUAGUGUAGUCGGUAAACACUCAUCUGUGACACUCAUCUUCACUUUCCACUGAUGAAGAAACGUCAUUUUCCAUAACGCUGCUCGCCGUCAGUCUAAAAGAACAGUGGGCUAGUUUUGUUUAAUUUAGUCCCUAGGCAACACAGAUAUAGCUGUUUGAGUCGGACACUAGGACCCAGUGGCUGACGCUGCUGAGCAGUAGCAGAUUGCCGACCAUUUGUAAAAUUAUAAGUGUCUGGCUUGAUCCAAGGGCGCUGCGGGGCAACUGACUCUUUACAGGGACAGAGCGGUUCCUUUGCCAAGCUUGGUUUGUCGAGGCGCACUGCAUAGCUGUGAAACAAACAGCCCCCCUUCGUGUCUGUUUCUGAGAAGCCCUGUUUCCCGCUGCGAUGGCUGUUCUUGGGAGCUACUGUGAGUCCAACGGCUCUGUGGCACUGGUGUGGGUCCAGGGCGGCCUGUCUCCCUGCUUCUACUUCACCCUGGUCCCCGCGGUGCUGCUCACCCUCUCCCUCUUCUGCGGCACCGUCCACUGUGUCUGCUACCGCAGGUACGGCACAGCCAUGGAGCCCAAGUUCGUCCCGCGCUCCAAGCUCUACGCGCUGCAGCUCUGCGUCUCGGCGCUGCUGCUGCUGCAGUUUGUGGCGGGCGUCGUGUGGCGGGCGGCCGGCCCCGGCGUGCUCCCUGGCUACGCCCUGGCCUACGGCUGCCUGUCUGCGGCGGGCUGGAGCUGCGCGGCCGCCCUGCUGUGGACAGAGAGGCGGCGGGUGCUGGUGCAGGACCGAACCCGAGGCCACAGCACCGUCCUGCUGCUCUUCUGGGCCCUGGCCUUCGCUGCCGAAAACCUGGCCUUCGUGUCCUGGAGCAGCUCCCUGUGGUGGUGGUCUCUGGAGACCCGGCGUCAGCAGGUAGAGUUUGGGCUGUGGCUGGUGCGCUACAUUGGAACAGCAACACUGUUCAUAUUAGGGCUGAAGGCCCCAGGCUUGCCACAGAGACCGUACAUGCUACUGAUCAAUGAAGACGAACGUGACCUGGAGCAUGGGCAGCCGCUGCUGGGACAGAAUCGCGAGAGUCAGUCGACAUGGCAGAACUUCGGGAAGAAGGUGCGUCUGCUGGUGCCGUAUAUGUGGCCAAAGGGCAGCGUCCGUCUGCAGCUGCUGGUGCUGCUGUGCAUCGGGAUGCUGGGUGCCGAGAGAGCCAUCAACGUCUUUGUGCCGAUUUACUACAGGAACAUUGUAAAUGAGCUUACCGAUGGAAGCAGCUGGAAGACUCUAGCUGCAACUGUCUGCAUCUAUGUUCUGCUCAAGUUCCUGCAGGGCGGAGGAGCAGGCGCCUCCGGCUUUGUGAGCAACAUGCGCUCCUUCCUGUGGAUUCGGGUGCAGCAGUACACCAACCGGCUGGUGCAGGUGCGGCUGUUCGCUCACCUGCAUUCUCUGUCCCUGCGCUGGCACCUGGGCCGCCGCACGGGCGAGGUGCUCCGCAGCAUCGACCGCGGCACCUCCUCCAUCAACAGCCUGCUCAGCUACAUUGUCUUCAGCAUUUUCCCCACGAUUGCUGAUAUUGUCAUCGCCAUCAUCUACUUCAGUUCCUCCUUCAAUGCCUGGUUUGGUCUAAUCGUCUUCGUCUGCAUGUUCCUGUAUCUCACUCUGACCAUCGUCAUAACAGAGUGGAGAACCAAGUACAGGCGAGACAUGAACACGCAGGACAACAACGCCAAGUCCAAGGCUGUUGACUCGCUGCUCAAUUUCGAAACGGUGAAAUACUACAAUGCAGAGGAAUAUGAAGUGAACCGAUUCAAUCAUGCCAUUCUGAAAUAUCAGGAGUCCGAAUGGAAAGUCAAUGCCUCCCUGGCCCUGUUAAACCAGACUCAGAACCUGAUCAUCGGCUCAGGGCUCCUCGCUGGAUCCCUCCUCUGUGCCUACUUUGUCACAGAGAACAAGUUUCAGGUUGGUGAUUAUGUUCUCUUUGGCACCUACAUCAUUCAGCUCUAUACACCUCUCAACUGGUUCGGUACUUAUUACAGGAUGAUCCAAAACUCUUUCAUAGAUAUGGAGAACAUGUUUCAACUUUUUACUGAAGAGCAAGAAGUAAAGGAUGAAGUCAAUGCUGGGAACCUUCUUUUUAAACUUGGAAGGGUGGAAUUCGAAAAUGUGUAUUUCAGCUAUGUCGAAGGUAAAGAAAUUCUCAAGGAUAUAUCCUUUACAGUUAUGCCUGGUCAAACUGUGGCUUUGGUGGGACCUUCUGGAUCAGGAAAGAGCACCAUCAUCCGACUUCUGUUCCGAUUUUAUGAUGUUCAAGGUGGCUGCAUCCGGAUCGAUGGACAGGACAUCUCCAAGGUGAAGCAGGUGUCCCUGCGUGCUCACAUCGGCGUGGUUCCCCAAGACACCGUGCUCUUCAAUGACAACAUCCGGAACAACAUCCGCUAUGGCCGCGUGAGCGCCAGCGAUGAGGAAGUGGAGGAGGCAGCAAGGGCCGCUGACAUCCACCAGAGACUCCUGAGCUUCCCGGAAGGGUAUGAAACCCAGGUGGGAGAACGGGGCCUGAAGCUGAGUGGUGGAGAGAAGCAGAGAGUUGCCAUUGCCAGGACGAUCCUGAAGGGACCACAAAUCAUCCUUCUGGACGAGGCCACUUCAGCCUUGGACACCAAGACCGAGCGAAAUAUCCAAGCAUCCCUCGCUAAAGUGUGUACUAAUAGGACAACUAUUGUAGUUGCACAUAGGCUAUCAACCAUCAUCAGUGCUGACCAGAUCCUUGUGCUUCAUGAAGGCCAGAUAGCAGAACGUGGCAGACACGACGAGUUGAUUGCUAAAGGAGGACUGUACUGUGACAUGUGGCAGAAACAGCAGCAGGGCUCGGACUCUGACUCGGCCUCUGAUACCGAGACCAAGGAUAGGAGUACAGAAAAGCUGCAGCCAAGAGAAGAGAAGACCAAGUGAGAGUUCUGGGUCACAGAGGACUCUCUAGGCUGACUGUCUGCCCUCAGGAUCUGUACAAGGCCUGUUCUGGAAUGUGGGUGCACACCCUAACAUUUCCAUUGCUUGGAUCUGAAAAUAAGGCUUCUGGGGUUUCACUGGUAAAAAACCUUUCAUCCUUUCAUUUUUUUUUUGAGGCCACAUUAUUUGGUAUAAACAUGGUUUUGCAAUUCAAGUUGGAAUAUCAUUUAGCUCCUUCUUAUUUACAAAUGGAAUUUCUCCUUUUUUUAUUUGAAAAGCAGAGAAACAUUUAAAAACAAAUUGACAUGUGAAACCAUUCUUAAUUUAAACAUAGCACCUGGCAAUGUUUUCAUGAAGAUUAUGGCCUCAUGUUUGUAUUGUAUUUUUUUAAAAAAACAGUAGAAAAUCAAACUGCAUAAAAGGGUUUUAUUUUGUUGGGAUGUAUAUUGAUUUAAAAAACACUAAUGAAGUGACAACGGAUUAAAUGCUCUAAAUGUAAGUACAGAGAGUUCAGAGCAGCCAGUGAUUCUUUGUCACAUUAAAAAGGGAAAGCAGUCGAUAACAGUAUAGAUGUUUUCAGCACGAUACUCAUCCAGUACUCAAACAUCUAUAUACAUUGUUGUUUUAAAAAAGUGUGAAAAGCCUUUUUGUUUGUAGUAUAUACUGUCUAUUAUUAAAGAUGCUGUAAAGGUCAGUCAAGCAGUUGACCUUCACUCUACAUCUGCAAUCAACGUACCAAAAUAAAAUGACACCUGUCAUUUUUUCCACUUCGCUUUUCACACCAGGGACUGGAUUUGUGGGACUCCUUAAAAAUCACACCUGACCCUGAUAACAUUACGCGCAUUGCAGUGUUGCUGUGUUCACAACUCAACAGGAGUGUCGUACAUUCAGAAUGAGGUGAAGUUCCUUUGUGAACGUGUGGAUAUUUAGUGUUGUAAGCACAUACCUUCUUUCAAUAUGCUUUAUGUUUGUGCAUGUGUAGAGACAACCUUUUCUAAUGAGUGAAUUUUUUUAAGUUGGAGAAAAUAGUAUUUUCAAAGGGAUCUGCUGCAACAGAAUGGGAUUACUUUGUUAAAACUGUGUUGAAAUAUUUAUUCAAAAUAAACAUUUGAUUGUAA